AUGAUGGAGCCCAUUCCUACCCCCGAAGAGAGACAGGCUCGGGCUCAGCAGAAGAAACAGGCCAAGAUGCAACGCGUGGCCAUCAUCAUCCUCGCCUUCCUCGCGUCCGGCCUCCUGGCCUCUACCAUCUCCCUAGCCGUUUUCUACGCCCGCCACGUCCAGCGGUGUCGCGCCUACAUGCCCCCCGAGGUGUCCAACGCCCCGGCUGUGCCUCAGGCGCCCCCGGUGGGCCGCCGCUCGAGCGACAAGCUCGUCGUGGUCCCCGUGGUCUCCAGGACACCCCCCACGGCCCCCUCGUCGAAGGAUACCCCCGACGCCGCCCCCUUGGUGGUCAGGGCCCCCACUAUGUCCAUCUACCCCAUCACCAACAGCACGAACGGCUCCUCGCGCGACAAUGACUCCAAGCAGUGCGACCCCGGCUCCGUCUGGGGCGGCCAGGCGCUCGACGAACUGGAUCACGGUUAUAUGCCGCUGAUGCAGAAGGCGCUGAGCGUUUCGCCGGUCGGGGUUGCGGGCGAGAUCCGCGACUACUACCAUACGGCGCUGCAGAGCGUCUUUCGUUGCGAACGUCACAUGUCUCUUCUCGAUACCAUGAAUGCACUGGUUACGAAUGCUUUCAACGUCACCAUGGACCCAGCACACGACAUACCAGCCGAAGCAUCUUGCACAACAUGCACUUUCACUGAGGACUUUUCCAACUACUGGACACCAUCCAUGUACUUUCAAGCUCGCAACGGGACCUUCAAGCGUGUCCCCCAGAUAGCUAAUCAGGGCUUCAACGGCGCCGAUGGCGGUAUGACCGUUUACUACGUGACACCCGAUGACGCAAGCGUCAACAUCACGGCGUUCGCUCCAGGUUUUCGCAUGGUUGUGGGAGACCCUACCAGCCGAGCACAGGGCGGCUUCGACGGCGCGAUGAACUCUUAUCGCUGCUACACCGGGAAGAACUUCGAGCCGAAUCCGUUUGGAGUAUCUGACAAUGACACGUCUACAUUUCCGACACGGUACUGCGCUGGCGGUGUGAGGGUUGCCAUCUUCUUUCCAACAUGCUGGGACGACGUCAACCUCGACAGUGCCAACCACAAGUCACACGUCACUUUCGGUGACAACGGAUGCCCCUCCUCACACCCCGUCCGCCUUCCUCAAGUGUUCUUCGAGACUGUCUGGGACACAGGCGUGUUCCCCGAGUCAGAAUGGCCAGAGGAUGGCAGCCAGCCGUUUGUGUGGGCGCAGGGCGAUGCGACAGGAUACGGACACCACGCUGACUACCUGUUCGGCUGGAAGGGGGACUCGCUGCAGCGAGCCAUGGACGCGAGGUGCGACUUUGCUGGGUGCACAGAACUUCAAACGCAGGGGUUUUCUGCAGGCAAUACGUGCACCCAAGAGCCGAUUGUCAAGGAGCCUGUUGAUGGCUGGUUGGAAGCUCUGCCUGGAAACUUGACAGUGAACUAG